AUGGUUUAUAUCCUUUGCAUAACGUUGCGCAUCGCCAUUGCUCAAGAGGAAUGUGCUGAUGGAUGGACGGAAAUUAGUAAUCGAUGCUUUAAAUCCUUUACGAACGUUGAAUCAUUCGAAGAUGCUCGAAUCGCUUGCCAGGCAUUUCCUUGUGGCGAUUUAGCAGCCGAUAAUACCUCUACAAUUCAUGAUAACUUAAAGGGAAUACUACAGCAUAAUAUUCUUUACUGGAUUGGAUUAAAAGAUAUAGUAGGCAAUAAUCAAAUUGAUGAUUAUCGCUGGUUGUCAAAUGGUAAGAGUGUUACCAGUGGCCCAGAUUAUUGGGCAAACAGUUAUCCAAAGCACGAGAAUAAAAGAUGCGUUCAUGCUAGAAGUUUACCAUCAAAUAAGUUUCAAUGGCGUAAUAGUGACUGCAGCGAUACUUAUAGAUACAUCUGUCAAAGGCCUAUUAGCAUAGUGUGUUCUUCUUCCUCAGCAACUCUUAGUACAACCUCAGUAGUCUCUGAUACUUCCUCAGGCGAAAUAAGUCCUUCAGUAGUAAUAUCAACUUCAUCUAAAGACGGCAUCAUUUCAACGGCAACAACCACCACGAUCAAUGAGAUGGGCAAUAGCAUGAUAGCCAACACGACGAGUGAUUCACAGUUGUUAACAUCUAGUAGUAAUUUAGAUUUUGUCUUUAGCUCAACGCAGUCUGAGGGUCUAUUAGAAUCGUCUACCAUCAUUAUGCAUAAUGAUCUGAACCUGGAUUUAUCAUCAUCGCUCAUUACAUCUUCAACUUUAGCUAUUGAUAAUACUGCUAAUAUUAUCUCAACAAAAAGUACAGUCAUAGGCAGUGAAAAGUAUUCCAAUAUAUAUGAUCAAUCUAUAUCGUCUAGUCCAUGGACGCUUGGUAAUUCUCCUAUUUUAGUAAUGAGCACGUUAAGCCAAAUGGAAUUGAUGACAUCAACUCCUAACAAAUCGCAUAUUAGCGCAAGUAUCAUUGAAAAUCCAUCAACUAUAAUAGUAACAGAUCCUAUCUCCAUUGCUAAUGCAAGUGUAUCGGAUACAGAAAAAGCUGCAAAUCAUCAUCUGCAGUCAUCGUCAAAUUUAAUAAUGUAUUCCAUCUCAAGUGUUAUUUCAGUAACUACUACAACUAAUGAUGAAAAAUUGAUGUUUACUUUUAGCAGCCUCAAUGAUGAAUUAUCAUUUAGGUCUACCAGUUCUAGUUUUAAUCUUACUUUAAGUAGGCAAGAAAAUGUAUCAGUGUCGUCACUAAUUAGUCCCAUCUAUCCUGAUUUUAGUCUUACUAUAAGUAGACAAGGAAACCCAUCAACACUAUCAUUAAGCGAUCGCACCAGUUCGGACUUUAGUCUUGUUUCAAGUACGCAAAAAAGUCCAUUAACGUCAUUAUUAAGCAGUUCUACCAUCUCUAGCUUUAGCCCUACUUUAAACAGGCAAGAAAAUCCAUCAACGUCAUCAUUAAGUAAUCAAAAUAGCUCCGGCUUUAGUCUUACUAAAAGUAAGCAUGAAAAUCCAGUAACAUCGUCAUUAAGCGGUCCUACUAGCUCUGGCGUUAGCCCUACUUUAAGUAGGCAAGAAAAUCCAACAACACCAUCAUUAAGCAGUUAUAUCAGCUCUGGCUUUAGUCUUGCUUUAAGUAGGCAAGAAAAUCCAUCAACAUCAUCAUUAAAAGGUCAUACCAGCUCUUGUUUUAGUUUUACUUCAAGUAGGCAAGAAAAUCCAUCAAUAUUGCCUGUAAGCGUGUACAGGAAAACUAGUGAUGCUUACGGAUAUUUUUCCAGCCAUGUAUCUGUAGACUUGCUCAAUCAUUCAGGUAGUCUUUCGUCGCCAGCAAUGCUGCCAUCUGGAUAUUCUAGCGAGUUCCCUGCAGUUACUGCAAGCACUGUAUUCAAUCCGUCUCCUUCAUUGGAUAAUGGAAACUCUGUUGCAUCUGGUUUCAUGACAAAUAAUACGUUAAAGGAGAUACAAGUAGCCAACGAUCAGUUUAUUGCAAAUAUUACAAAAGGUGUUGAUAAGCGUCUUGGUUCUGUUCUCAAGCAAAUCGAUCACUAUGAUGCUGUUUUAGCAAAACAAAUUAAUCAAGCCAAUAUUACUACACGACUAACUUUAUCGACACCAAAUUCAGGUAAGGUAGGAAAAGGGAAUAAAAAUUGCAAUUAUGAGCCGGCUUUUAUAGCUUUGGCUCAGGUCGGUGAUGAAUUAAUUGCUUAUACAAUCUCCGUAUCGGAUACGACUCCAAUCAUCAAUCUAGUGUUAUCACUAUCUAAUGAGUCCGAAGCAGAAGUAAGAAUUCCGAGAUCAAUAUUUCUGUUUUCUAGCCAAGCUGAUACUGUUACUGUGGUAGUAAGAUCGUAUCGUGCUGAAGAGAGUUGGACCAAAAAUAACACUGACGAAACUAGUAGCAGUAUUAUUUCCAAUAUCUUGUCUUGCUCAAUGUAUCCACUCCAAGAUAAAAAUUUUACUUUACCCGUUCAUUUUUAUCUUAAAAUAAGAUAUCGAAAGCUUCAUCCACCCUAUCGAUGUGUAUAUUGGGAGAAUACACAAUGGUCGCAGUAUGGAACAGAUUUGAUAGGUUAUAAUUCUAGCACUGUACAUUGCACAACCAUUCAUUUUACAAGUUUCGCCGUCCUUAUGCAAGGCUCCAAGGCAUUAACUGGACCUCAUGAUACCUACCUUCGCUACAUCACUUAUAUUGGCUACUCUAUUUCACUAUUCGCCCUACUGAUGAUGAUAAUAAUAUUGAUUAGCAGCAGGAAAUUACAUGCAGUAAAGAACUUUAUUCAUCUAAAUUUGGCUAUUGCUAUGGUGAUAUGUAUUAGUGGAUUCUUAGCUGGUAUGAAUGCAGCUAGCCUGCCGCUUAUUUGCACCAUCAUUGCGAUUACGUUACAUUUCUUCUACUUGGCUAGUUUAAUGUGGAUGAUGAUGGAAGCCAUACUACUUUUGCACAAAAUUUCUUCCGUACGCAAAAAUAUGGAUCCGAACCUUCGAUGGGUUUACUUUAUUUUCGGCUGGGCGCCUCCAGCUAUUGUAGUAUCUGUGUCCGCAUCUACUGGGAUUGAUGCCUAUCGUAAUCGAGAUUAUUGCUGGAUUCGAAAUGCUACUACUCAAAUGUGGUUCUUUGUAGGUCCAAUUAUUUUUAUAGUUGCGUGGAACGUGGUGGUAGUAGUCACCGCUAUUAGGUCACUUUUCUCUAUUAAGGCUGUGGUCCGAAAGUCCGAAAUUCAAAAAUUCAAAGUCGGAAUAAAAGCUGUAACUUCCUUGGUCUUUCUCUUUGGUAUAUCAUGGAUAUUUGGUAUCUUGUAUUAUGCUACGAACCAUAUUGUCUUGGCUUACUUGUUUACAAUAUUAAACUGUCCACAGGGAUUGUUGAUCUUUUACUUUCACUGCUUUCAAGAUCGCGAGAUGCAAGAUUACAUGCGGAAGAAGUUCAAACUUGGUUCCAUGAUUUUUCCAACGCGCUCUACUGGCGAUUGUAGCAGAGAUAUUCGACUCGAAAAUACACGUUCCAGUCGUACUGCUAAAAUAUCAGUGCGUCCAAUUUCUCAAGAUAAUGCAUGUUAUGAAUGUAGGGAUAUUGGAAGAUGUUCAUUCAGUCAUAAUAAGACUGCAGCUAUAAGAAAGGAUUCAUCAAACAGAUGCUCGCGGCGCAUUGUCAGUAAUUAUAUUUAA